UUGAGAAACUAUUUGUUAAAAUCCAAUUUUUGGAAGGAUUUUGCACUAAAAAUCCCUAUAUCCCUUCAUCUCCUCUCGUUGAAAUCCUCAGAUACCGAAAAUGGGUUUGAUGGAUGCAAUAUCUGCCAUAGAUUGGGAGAAGGAAUCCUAUCCUCUCUACGAAGAUUUCGUCUUUAUCCCCAUCUUCGCAGUCUUCUUCCCUUCAGUACGCUUCUUCCUCGACAGAUUCAUAUUCGAGAAGUGCGCAAGGCGAUCUAUUCUUGGAAAGGGAAAUGACAAGCUCAUUGUCGAUGCAGAAGAAAGGAGGAAGCUCAGUAAAUUCAAGGAGUCUGCAUGGAAAUUUGUUUAUUUUCUUUCAGCAGAGAUUCUGGCUCUGUCUGUUACGUAUAACGAGCCAUGGUUCAUGAACACCAAAUGCUUUUGGGUAGGACCUGGAGAACAGGUCUGGCCAGAUCAGAAGACCAAAUUGAAACUGAAGGGAUUGUAUAUGUACGAUGCUGGAUUCUACAUGUACUCGAUAUUUGCCUUGGUUUUCUGGGAGACAAGGCGGUCGGACUUUGGGGUAUCGAUGGGUCAUCAUCUAGCAACUCUCGUUCUCAUCGUGUUGUCUUACGUACUCAGGUUCGCUCGUGUCGGUUCUAUUGUUCUAGCUCUUCAUGAUGGUAGUGACGUGUUCUUGGAAGUGGGGAAGAUGUCCAAGUACUCUGGCUAUGAAGGGAUUGCUAGUGUUUCUUUCAUUUUAUUUGUUACGUCAUGGGUUAUCCUUCGCCUCACGUACUACCCGUUCUGGAUCCUCCGCAGCACAAGCUAUGAAGUGCUUUUGGUCUUGCACACGGAGGCGCACAAGGUGGAUGGAACCAUAUACUAUUAUGUAUUCAAUACUCUUCUCUUCUGCUUGCUCGUGCUUCACAUCUAUUGGUGGGUGUUAAUGUAUCGGAUGCUCGUGAAACAAGUCAAAGCAAGAGGCCAGCUUGGGGAUGAUGUUCGAUCAGACUCCGAAGGUGAAGAUGAACAUGAAGAUUGAUCGGUGAACAAGGUUGGAGGUUUCUAACACAUGUUGUAUGGAUGCUGCAAGGGGAUCAAAAUCUCAAACUGCAUCAUCAUCAUUAGCACUAUCAUUUGUUUGUGUUUCUUCAGCAAUAUCAGCCCUUCGCACUCGGAUCUGGGUAUUCCAGUCAGGGACAGAUCCAUCGAUGUAUUCUUCUCGCGGAUAACCUCAACCAUUGGACAAGCAAGUUCGAAUCCACGAAAAUGGUCAGUAUGGGAAAUCAUUCAUUGUCGAAAGGCUUUUGUAUAUUAUUUGGAGAAGCAGAACAUGAACAGGCGAUUGAGUGUGCAGGUGGAUGUGAUUGAUAUCUGAUUUGUGGCCCACCCAAACUAAGGUUCUAGUCUCCCAUGUCAUCUAUGAAUAUUUACAUUGGAGCAAUGACAUUCUGUGGUGGGAUUGGGCCUGGAUCACAUCA